AUGGCUGAUAAAAAAGCUAAAAAAGCCGCUCAACGAGCCACAAGCAAUGUCUUCACUAUGUUUGAUCAAAAACAAGUGCAAGAAUUCAAAGAAGCUUUCGGCUUAAUGGAUCAAGAUCGUGAUGGAUCCAUAUCAUUCGAUGACCUUAAAGAAGUUUAUUCAUCAUUGGGCAAAUCACCAAAAGAAUCAGAUCUUAAACAAAUGAUUGAAGAAACUGGUGGACCUGUUAAUUUCACCAAAUUAUUGCAAAUGUUUGGUGAUCGACUUCAUGGUACUGAUGCAGAAGAUGUUUUAAUGAAUGGUUUUAAAACUUUUGAUACAGACGGAAAAGGCUUUCUCAAUCGUGACAAUCUUCGAGAUUUGUUAACUACUAUGGGUCAUCCUAAUGAAAGACUAACUGAUAUAGAGUUCAAUCAAAUGCUCGAAGGUGCGCCCAUUGAUGCCAAGGGUUUACUUGAUUUUGGAGCAUUUACAAAACAAAUAAAACGUGGCAAAGAAGACGAAUAA